AUGCCAGUUGUCCAUCUGCUAGAUUAUGUAGCGGGCAACAUCCGGUCUCUAGCCAAUGCCAUUGAAAAGGUUGGAUAUCAAGUCGAAUGGAUACAAUCGCCAGAAGAUGUGCAGAAUGCAGAGAAACUUAUUUUGCCUGGUGUUGGACACUUUGGGCAUUGCAUAACGCAGCUCUCAAAUGGAGGGUAUCUGGAGCCAAUACAAAAACAUAUAGCCGCUGGCAAACCUUUUAUGGGCAUCUGUGUCGGCAUGCAGGUUCUCUGCGAAGGUUCUGAAGAGGAUCCAAAUGUCCAUGGUUUGGGGUUAAUACCUGUCAGCUUGUCAAGAUUUGAUUCCACCAGUAAAAGUGUUCCCCACAUUGGAUGGAAUUCAGCCAUAUGCUCCAGCAAAAACUCUGAGAAAUACACUAGUCUGUAUGGCCUUCAUCCACAGAACAAAUACUAUUAUGUUCAUUCAUACGCAGCUCCUUACGAUGAGAAGGCGCUUGCUGAUCAAGGAUGGACGGUUGCGACUGCAACUUACGGAGACGAAACAUUUAUCGGCGCUGUUGGCCGCGAUAAUAUCUUUGCGACACAGUUCCACCCAGAGAAAAGUGGCAAAGCUGGCCUCCGUUCGCUUGAGUUUUUCUUGAAGGGCCAAAGCAUUCGAAAUUUAGACUCCCCUCCAUCCGUUACAAGUACUAGCGGUCUAACGAGACGGGUUAUUGCGUGUUUGGACGUCCGUACGAACGAUGAUGGUGACUUAGUAGUAACAAAGGGGGAUCAAUAUGACGUGCGUGAGAAAAGCGGACACCAAAGUGGAGGACAAGUUAGGAAUUUAGGAAAGCCCGUGGAAAUGGCGAAACGAUAUUAUGAGCAAGGUGCCGACGAGAUUACGUUUUUGAAUAUUACUUCCUUCCGACAUUGCCCUGUCGCAGAUGUCCCAAUGCUGGAGAUUCUGAGGCAAACUUCGAAAACGGUUUUUGUCCCAUUGACUAUCGGUGGAGGCAUCAGGGAUACCGUUGACUACGACGGCUCUAGAAUUUCGGCCUUGGACAUCGCGAAGAUGUAUUUUAAAUCCGGGGCCGAUAAGGUUAGCAUUGGAUCCGAUGCAGUUAUCGCUGCAGAGGAUUACUACGAAAAUAACCGCACCCUCAGCGGUCACACUGCAAUCGAGACCAUAUCGAAAGCGUACGGUAACCAAGCCGUAGUAGUUAGUGUCGACCCGAAGCGAAUUUAUGUUAGUGCGCCUGAGGAGACACCACAUCGGACGAUCAAGACGAAAUAUCCCAAUGUUGCUGGUCAAGAAUUCUGCUGGUACAGAUGCACCAUAAAAGGGGGAAGAGAAGGUCGAGAUAUCGAUGUUUACCAGCUUAUCAAGGCGGUAGAGGCCAUGGGGGCAGGAGAAAUCCUUCUUAAUUGCAUCGACAAGGAUGGGAGCAACAGCGGUUUUGAUAUUGAACUCAUCAAUGACGUGAAGUCUUUUACCACAAUUCCAGUUAUUGCGUCCAGUGGGGCCGGUAAACCUAGCCAUUUUGAAGAAGUUUUCAUGGAAACUACCACGGAUGCAGCUCUAGGAGCAGGCAUGUUCCAUCGGAAUGAAUACACUGUGAGGGAUGUAAAAGAUUAUUUGUCCUCCAGAGGACUUGUAAUCCGUGAGUUUGAAAAGUAA